AUACGUAACAAUUAUGUAAUUUUGAUGACUUCAAUGAGCUUAACAUAAAAGUUUUGUUAAUGUAGCAUAAAUGUAAUAAUGUUAUUACGACAUCAUAUAUCUUUAACACCUUCCGUGCCACGUGAAUCACUGUAAUCCAUUCUGGACUUCCCACUGUUACUAUUAUUACUUAUUAAUUAUUUACUAAGCAUAAGAAGAAAUAUAAUUUUAUUAAAUAAAAAUAAAAAUAAUAAUUUGUUAAAUAAUAAAUAAUUUACAAUUAUGCGGAAAUUUUGAUUAUAGCCUCUUGUAAUUAUUAUAUCUUUUUAGUUAACAUACUGCAUUUAGUAAAACAGUUUUGUAGUUAGUAUGUACGCAAUCUAUUAAAAUCAAUAACAUUCUACUUGAACCAGGUAAAAUCUAUUUACAUAUCAGCCGAUUAGAACUUAUUCUAUAUUAUAUAAAUUUAAAAAGUAUGUAGUUGGCGGAUUGCCGCUAGACGACGCACGCGGCAUCUUUCUCCUAAUGCAAUUUACACUCCAAAGGCUACAUAAACAGACCACCCACGGUGACAGAAACCGGAUCAAUCUAUGUUAUCAUAGUGAGCUUUCGGGGCAUAUGUAUUUUAUAUUACGUCUUAAAGACACAUCUUAGCUGUUAUGGCUAAAUUUUAGCUUCGGUAAGGAAUUCCUUUUUAAGAAAAAUAAAGUAAAAACGACAUAAUAGUUACAAGAAGAAUCUUUCUGGUACGUAAUUUUAUACGAGCAUUUUACGUUAAUUUAUACGUAAAAGUCAGCUUAUACGUAAAAGUAACGUUAUUUUAUACGUAAAUGUGACUUCAUAUACGUAAAAGUAAUGUUAUUUUAUACGAAACCAUUAUGUAUAUGUUUCCUCUCUCUUUUUCCGAUUUUGUUGCCCAGAAUAUGCUGACAUUUUGACCAAAUUGUAACUGGAAAAUGACGUAACUGUUACGAGAACAGUGGAACAUUGUUCCAUAAUGAUCACAUAAAUGUUACGAAUUAGUGUUUACUGGGUACUUGAAUACAUUUUUUAAAAUUUUCUUUUAACAGAAAACAUGUGAGUUUUUCCAGAAGAAACUGAAUUUGUAAAAUUUUUAUUGAAUAUGGGCAGAAAUAAACCUUUAAAUGAGCCUAUUAUGGCAUAUCGUCGUUAUUAUUGUCUCAGGAAUAAAAGUUAUAUUAUAUUGGGGGGUUUGGGUGGAUUUGGUUUAGAGUUAACAGACUGGCUAAUAUUUCGUGGUGCCAGAAAUAUAGUAUUGGUUUCACGAACUGGCAUAAAAAACGAUUACCAACGCAUGAAGAUUCGACUAUGGGAAUCGUAUGGUGUAAAUGUGCUAAUCAUCAAGAAUAUCGAUGUCGCUGAUUUCGCAGGUUGUGAAUACCUCUUGCAAACUGCGGAAAGCGAAGCACCUGUGGAUGCGAUAUUCAAUCUUGGUGCGGUGUUGAAGGAUGAUGUUCUAAAGAAUCAAACAGUGGAGACAUUUGCAGAGUCCUUUCAGUCAAAAGCUCGGGCGACGCAAACUUUGGACAAACUUUCCAGAAAGUAUUGCGCUAAACUAAGACAUUUUGUAGUGUUUUCUUCCGUUUCUUGUGGCAGAGGAAACGCUGGACAAACUAAUUAUGGCAUGGCCAAUUCUGUUAUGGAAAGAAUUUGUGAAAAGAGAGUGGAGGAAGGAUUACCUGGAUUAGCAAUUCAAUGGGGAGCUGUUGGUGACGUGGGUCUCGUCGCUGACAUGCAGGAAGGUGAGAAAGAAUUGAUUAUUGGUGGUACCUCACAACAAACAAUUUCCUACUGCCUCGAAGAACUUGAUAAGUUUUUACUUCAAAGCCAACCUGUAGUGAGCAGUAUGGUAAUAGCUGAAAAAAAGUCGAGAUUUAUCCGACAUGAAACUCCGACAGAAGCUAUCGCUGAUAUUUUAAAUAUAAAAGACAUGAAAGUUGUAAGUCAAAAUACAUCUCUGGCUGAACUUGGAAUGGACUCCGUGAUGAGCAUAGAAGUCAAACAAACUUUGGAACGGGAAUUUGACAUUUUUCUCACUUCACGAGAAGUGUAUAACCUCACUUUUGCAAAACUUAGCAAAAUGUUUAAUCUAAACGUCAGUGAUAAUAAUACGCAGAAUGAAUAUCUUGAUGCAAAAGAGUUGGAUGUCAUGAUAUUGCCAGUUGGUAUUGUAAAAGACAAAGAUUUUAUUUCAGAAAACUGUUUUGAUCUUUUGACCGAAAAACAGAACACUAUAACUGAAGUGUUUCUCAUACCGGGAAUCGACGGUUGUGGAACCGUAUUUAAUCAUUUAGCUGCAGAUAUUAAAUUUUCAGCAACGUCUUUGCAUUAUAACACAAAUAACAUCGAUGCUACAGACAUCAUAUUGGAGACAACUGAUCGUCUUAUCAAUCAUAUAUUAUCAAAACUAAAAGAUGGAAAAGACUUUAUAAUGGUAGGAUACUCCUUCGGGUCUAUUAUUGCAAUAGAGUUAACAAGAAGAUUGGAAGCUUUGAAUUUUAAAGGCCGUUUGGUUCUUAUCGAUGGUACUCCUGAACAAAUAAGAACGAUGUACAAACAUUUUACCUCAAAUUCUAACGAUACGGAUCUUCAGUUUGUUGUUUUAACUAAUAUUAUGGAAAUUUAUUCACCAGGAACUAGUAAAGAGAUUGUAAUGGAAUUGGAGAAAUGUAAUACCUGGGAGGAGCGAUACGAUAUUUUCGCAAGGUCGUUUUUAGUUAUGAAUAGGUCACUAUCUCCAGCAAAUUUAAAAACGCUGUGUACUACAGUUUACAAAUAUUCAUCCGCUAUUCGGUACUACGAUCCUUCUACUUUGCCACCAAUUAAAUCUCCUAUAAUCUUGCUAAAACCUACACAGCCGUUAAAUAUAUCAAUGACAGAUGAAGAUUAUGGUUUGCAUAAGGUUACUCAAAAUACGAUUCAAAUACAUUACGUCGACGGUAAUCAUGUGACAAUAUUGAGAAACGAAAAAGUAUCAGCUGCAAUCAAUGGAGAACCACCUUUUAUCAUUUGAGCCUUUUAUUAUUAUAAUUUAUGCAACAUUAUUAAAAGAUAAAAAUCAGCGAAUAAUCGUUAAAAAUUAAUAACACACACACAAUUUUACAGUGUACUAAACUUGAAUUAAAAG